AUGGAUGCCGUUGAACAGCACGACGCUUUUUUCAACUCCUUCAACCUGGUGAGAGGCCCCUGUCUAGGGAGGGGUUCCUUAGGAGAGGUUGUUCUGGCCUCGGCCAAACACAACUCGUCGUUGAAGGUGGCGGUGAAAAUCGUAUCUUUUUUUGAGUCGGAGGAGUGUGAAAGCGACUUUCUCUAUGAAGUCGGCUUCCUGCGUGAUCUGCGCCACCCCCGCAUCCUCAAGAUGAUAGCGUUUGCUAUGGAUGAUCACUACGGCUUCAUGUUGUCGACAUACUUCAAGAACGGCACACUUUUCGACACCAUGUCGUCCGACCCCCCUGUGGAAGAACCACGGAUCCUCCGACACAUUCUCGACGUGGCCAGCGCUCUGCAGUACAUCCACGGUCUCCACAUCUUCCACCAAGACGUCAAGCCCAGAAACAUUCUCUUGGAUGACCAGGAUCGUGCUGUCCUGGCAGACUUCGGACUGGCAAGACAGGCAAACGACAGCUCCGCGAUGGUGAUGAAGUGGGAGACUACACCCGGCUAUUACGGACCCGAGACAAGGAAAAGGCGGCCUAUGAGUCCUUUCAAGGAUACGCAUCGUGUGCGGAGACUAUCAUCGUUUCAUAUCACCGAAGUUGCAAGACACAGCAUGGAUGCCGUUGAACAGCACGACGCUUUUUUCAACUCCUUUAACCUGGUGAGAGGCCCCUGUCUAGGGAGUGGCGCCUUAGGAGAUGUUGUUCUGGCCUCGGCCAAACACAACUCGUCGUUGAAGGUGGCGGUGAAAAUCGUAUCUUUUGAGACGGAGGAGUGUGUAAGCGACUUUCUCUCUGAAGUCGGCUUCCUGCGUGAUCUGCGCCACCCCUGCAUCCUCAAGAUGAUAGCGUUUGCUAUGGAUGAUCACAACGGCUUCAUGUUGUCGACAUACUUCAAGAACGGCACACUUCGCGACACCAUGUCGUCCGACCCCCCUGUGGAAGAACCACGGAUCCUCCGACACAUUCUCGACGUGGCCAGCGCUCUGCAGUACAUCCACGGUCUCCACAUCUUCCACCAAGACGUCAAGCCGAGAAACAUCCUCUUGGAUGACCAGGAUCGGGCUGUUCUGGCAGACUUUGGACUGGCAAGACAGGCAAGCGACAGCUCCGCGAUGCUGGAUAUGUACAGCCUGGGAGUGUCCAUGUGGAUGCUGAUCUACAGGCAACGCUCAGAAGGCAUCAAAGACCUCUUGGCCUUCUCAGACCAGUGUAAAGACGUUAAGGAGCCUUAUAGGAGGAUCUUACGCCAGCUGCUGCGUAAGGACCCCAACAAACGCUGGAGCGCCGCCGAUCUGUUGAGGUUCUGCGUGUGGAACUCACUCUGCGCACCUUCACUGAUGAGCAGCCACUGA